CCCCCCUUUCCCAGUGCCAGCCACCACGGUCCGCACUGACCUGUGGGGUCAGGGGAUGAUGGGGGGACUCGGGGACAGGAGCGAUGGGGGGAGGGGAAUCUGGGGAGGCAGUGGGGGCUGGGUGUGAGUGGGGCAGUAGGGGCCAGGAGCAAUGCGGAGGGAGUCCACAGAGGCAGUGGGGGGCCAGGGGUGAUGAGGGGGUCCGCGGGGGCCAGGGCAUCAUUUUCCCUACGGCCGAUCCAGGCUGUGCGGGCGUUGAGGGUGGGUGACUGCCCGGGGUGUUGCUGGAGGGUGCCCUGGCCGUCCCCAAGAAGCUGUGCAUGGCUGUGAUGGCUGGGGGGGGGCCCUGUCAUUGUGCCCCCCGCCAUCAGCAGCUGCCCAUUGCCUGCGGCACUGCUGAUCAGCUGGUGAUGAUGCCAGCCCCCCAGGUGGGGAUCAUACUGGGAUGUUUCCAGCUCUCUAUAACUCAGCCAUGUGUGUGCAGCUGCGCAGAGCGGGGGGCUGUCAGGACCCCAGAAACGCCCAGACCCAGGGGUCCGGCAGGUUCCAUCCAUGCUUUUGUCUGGGUGUGGGUGUGUAUUUGCCUAGCCAGGUUUUGUUAUGGGUCAUCCCUCUGGCAGCUCCCGCCCGCCCUGCUGAUUCACCUGAGGCCUGAGCCAGUCAGAUCUCAGGAGCGGGGAAAUGUUAGAAAUUAGCCCAGCCGGGUCCCACGAGUGGCUCUUCGUCCCCUGCAGGAGCCAGCGCCUGUCUGCUGUGAGGGCUGCGUUUGGUGCCGACACUGAGGAUUUGGGAAAGGAGCUGACGCACUCAACAGCAGGAGAAGCCAGGUGUGUCCAGUAUAUAUUGUGCCUGUGGGAUGCAGAAACAGGCCUGUUCCUCACGGCUAAACCGGGGUGUGUGUUUGCAGUAGGGUGACCACACCUCAAGUGUGAAAAAUUGGGACAGGGGGUGGGGAGUAAUAGGAGCCUAUAUAACAAAAAGACACAAAAAUCAGGACUGUCCCUAUAAAAUGCAGACAUCUGGUCACCCAAGUUUGGAGCGACGGAGGCGCUGGAGCUCGCCUGACGUCACAGCGCAGUAGGGGAACAGGCCCGAGACAGAGUAUCAAACAUAAGCCAGCUCUCAAGGGUUUGUGGGCACUCCGUGUUUUUUUCCUAGUGUGCUGGAUGAGCUCCUCUGCAAUGGAAAGGAGGAAUAAAGAAAUACGCUGCUGUUCUUUCAGGGUUUUACAUCCACGAGCCCUGAAACUCCCUGGCAGAAUACUUUCUAAGCAGUCUUGAAAAACACAGACAUGGGGGCCGGGUCCUUUCUGCUCCAAAAAGUUGCUUUUUCUCAAGUGUUAUCUCCUAGGGACUGGGAUGAUGUCACCUAAGCAGUUUGUCACAGCUAAAGUGUCACUUCUGACUUCGUGAGUAAUAAACGUCACGGACGUAAGGCUGUGACACCGCGCACCUCGAAGUAGCCCCCCGAGCCCUCACUGCGAGAUGCUGAUGAGAUGGCUGGUACAACGCCUGCCUUGUGAGGGCUCUUUGUUAAACUCUUGCUCGGUUGAACGUUGAUCUCCUGUUGGCUUGUGUGUGCUGUCGUUGGAUGGGAAGUUAUGAAUAGAGUAGAACCGCAGAGUGACGAACACCAGUUCUGAACUGACUGGCCAACCACACACCCCUCAUUUGGAACGGGAAGCGUGCAGCCAGGCAGCAGCAGAGACACCUGCCCCCAAGAGCAGACACGGGACGGUGCUGUGCUUAACACACAUAAAGGGAAAGCAGCAUUUUGCUUUGGCACAGGAAAGUUUCCAAGCUGGAGACGUCAGUGUUCAGUUGUGAACGUUUGAAGGGACAAACCCUAAUGUUUGGUUCAGCAUUAGGAAUGUUUCAGAGGUCAGAACAACCUCCCUUCCCUAGGUCCUGGGGGUUUGUAACUCUGAGGUUCUACCAUUGCCAAGAGCUGCUGCUGCUGAAAAAUGUGAGGUAGGGAACGCCGGCACCCAGCCUUUCAGUCCAAACAAAGGAGCAGCCCUGGCUGGCCAGACGGGCGUGGAUGGCCCAUCAGAAAAGCUCCACUCUCCCCGAGGCCCCUUAGAGAUGGCCCAGUGUGAAAGGCUUGUGGGUUGGGAGGGGUCAGGGGUCCCAUAGUCCAGGUUGCACCCUGGGGACCCCCUCCCAAAGAUAACUCAGGCUUUGUGAACCCAUGCAAGAGUGGGCUACUGACCUUGUGCUUAACAGCUCGUGUCUCCACUCCCUUUUCUCUGGUGAGAUAACUACCCUGCCAGGACCACCUACGCUGUGCACCCUGCAAUAGACUUCUGACGGACCCAAAGAUUUAGGGUCUCCUGGCUAAGUACCUUCACAAAAACUCUAAAAUCCCUUUGUGCUUUUUAAAUGUUUGUCAUGCCUGUGAUCAGCGUGACACUGAGAUGUGUACGUUAUAUGGGUUGCUUUAUUUCAGAGUCUUCAGCAUUUCUGAAAACUGAUUUUGCCAAAAAAGCUGGACAAGGCCAAACCCUCCUUGUAAUAGACAGCAGUAUGGCGGGGAAAUCCUUCGAGGAAAAAAUCGCCUGGGUGUUGGCAUUAAAGAGGAGAAACAAGUACCCGGAAGGAAUGAAUAAAGCUGGCAGACUUAAUCUGCGUCGAUUUGCUGCCAACUUUUCUUUGGAAGAUGGGACACUUUUCCGUACUGGCAAAGGGAGAAAGGUCAUCGUCGUGCACACCAGGAACCGAGCCCUGGAGCUCUUCGAACAGCAUCACGGGGGUCCCUGGGGCGGACACCAAGGAAUCUUUAAAACAAGAACCGCGCUGACCACCCGAUACUAUUGGCCUGGGAUGACGAAGGACAUCGUCCAGUGGGUGGAGCAAUGUGUGAAGUGCCAGAAGGGGAGAAAAGCUGUAACUCUGCACACCCCCGUGGAAAGCAAAACGGACACCCCCGUGGAAAGCAAAACGGACACCCCCGUGCAAAGCAAAGAGACCCCCGCCCCCCCUGGCCAGUCCCACCUCCUGGCCAGCCCCUUCCACACCCCUGCUCCUUCCACGCCAGGAAGUGUGUCCUGCUCCAGCUCUCUGUCCAGCUGCCCCUUGCUCCCGGACUCCACUGAGUGGCGGUGGCAGACCGACGCCAUGACGUCCCGCCUGGAUCUCUCCCACCUCCUCCCACCCCCCCGCUUGCGCCAGCUGGUCCAGGACUGGCUCCAAGAGGAUGCCCCGGCCUUCGACCCCGCCGGCUGUGCGGUGGGGGAAGGCCCGGAGUGCGCUGUCCUCCUCUGCAAGUCUCCCGGGGUGUUGGCUGGCUGCCCCUUCUUCGAUGCCAUCUUUACCGAGCUGGGCUGCACUGUGGAGUGGUUCCAGCCCGAGGGGGCCUGGCUGGAGCCUGUGGCCCGCGUGGCCGAAGUCCGCGGCAAAGCCCGCCACCUGCUGCUUGGGGAGAGGACUGCUCUGAAUUGCCUGGGACGGUGCAGCGGGGUGGCCACGGCCGCGGGACGGGCCUGCCGGCUGGCGCGGGAGGCCAGCUGGCAUGGGCAAGUGGCCGGGACAAGGAAGACCACGCCAGGUUUCAGGCUGGCAGAGAAGUACGCCCUGCUGGUGGGGGGAGCUUCGGGCCACCGCUAUGACUUGGGCAGUCUCAUCAUGCUGAAGGAUAACCACGUCUGGGCUGCGGGAGGAAUUGCCCAGGCUAUCCAGGAAGCCCAGCGGGUGGCUGGCUUUCAUCUGAAGCUGGAGGUGGAGUGUCGUUCACUGGAAGAGGCCCUGGAAGCUGCAGAGGCCGGAUCUGACAUCAUCAUGCUAGAUAACUUCUCCCCAGAGGAUUUGCAUCCCGCCGCCAGUGCGCUGAAAGCCACCCAUCCCCGGGUGAUAGUGGAAGCCAGUGGGGGGAUCUCGGAGGAGAAUAUCUCCCAAUUCUUCGGCCCGUGUAUAGACAUCCUUUCUCUGGGAUGCCUCACCCAGUCAUCCCAAGCCGUGGAUUUUUCCCUCAAAAUCUGUCGGGAGACACCAGUCCAGAGAGAUUUUGCCUUCUAAGACCAUAAGCCCCAAUUUUCAGGGCAGAGUGUGAAAUUUUAGCUCAGUGGAAUCAAAGGUCAGGGAGUUUCACAGAUUAACAGAUAAAAUUUUCUAGUUUCUUCCA